UGAAGAUAGGUCCGAUGCAAUGCCGAGUUUUGAUCGGAGAAGACAGCCCGUCCGGAAGAUUUCCUCGUAAAAGAAAAAAGAAAGAAAGAAAAAUAAGUAAAAAAGAAAAAAAAGGGUAGCGUGAGAGAAACGAGGAAGAUUUCCCCUUGGUUCGUUGUUCUGUUCUAUCCCCUUCUACUCCACCGAGCACCGGACGCCGCUCCGUUCAAUUCACGCCCAGUCGAAUCACAACCUCCCUCGCUCCCUCUGACCCUCUCCGGAUGGUCGCCGGCGAUGGCGCUGGUGCCCAACUGCCCACCGGGACAGCGGAUCUACCAGCCGAGUUUCAAGCGCGAUUACCCGCUGGCCCAGGAGGUUUCGGAGUAUAGAUCGCGUCUGCUGCACAAAAUCCAUCUCUCCUACUGCAAGGCGCUGGAGCGGCUCAGCCUCAGGGUGAGGCCCCGCAUGGCUGCGAGCUUCGUCGGCGGCGGCGGCGGCUUCUGCUUGGGUCUCCUCGACCCUGUCUCCAACAUCGUCGCCAACACCCUCUUCUCCUACGGGCGCGCGGUGGGCGACACCCGGAGCGAGUGUGAUGAGCUCGUCUACAUCCCCCAAGAAAAGCUCAGGGACCUGGAGCACCGGUCGCUGGACGGCAUGGUGGCCUUCCUCACCCGCUUCUUCCCCUACCUCGCCGACGCCGAGGCCGUGCGCUUCCUUCUCUACGCCGAAGCCGACCUGCUCGUCGCCGCCCGCAUCGUCGCGUUCGACAUCGGCAUGAGGCGAUUCGGGUCCUCCGGGCCAGACAUCGUCAACGAGGCCCUCGAGAUGGUCCUCAAGUGCGCCGCCCUCGCCGCCAAGCACCCAAACCCCGAUCGCCUAGUCGCCGACUGGUUGGCCACCAUCACCCGCCUCGACGACGCCGUGCGCCACCUCGCCGACGUGCACCGCCGCUCCCCUCAAUCCAGCCUCGAUAAGCUCGCCGAGCUGCUCGACGAGGGGUCGCCGCCGGCGGUAGACGACGACAGGUGGGGCCCGUGGCGACUCAUGGAUUCUCGUUUGCCUCCUCCCCGCAGCGUGCCGUACAGGCAAUCCCCUGCCCUCAAGGCGACGCUCCAGGACGCGAUCCAUGGCUUCUACCUCAAGGCCCUUGCCCGGCUGCCGGCCAGAGAGCUUCGCCGCCGCUUCCACCGCAGCCUGCUCGAGGCUGGCCACUGCUAUGGCCCGUUCGACCCUGUCUCCAACAUCAUCAUCAACACCAUCUGGUAUGAUGCAGCGUUCCCACCAACCUUUGAACUGGAGCUGGACGUGAUCGGCACAAUGGGCCUGUACCGGAUAGAGAAUCGCUCCUUGUAUGGCCUCGUCUCCUUCCUCUGCACACGUUACCAUCAUAUCGAUUUCAAUCAAGCUAUCAAAUACCUUGUCAAUGCAGAUGGUCACCUACUCCUCGCUGAUCUCUACCUGGAUGAUGAGACAGCUGGGUUCACCACAGCUGUUGAUUCCCCCCCGCUCACCGGUUUGGAGGAAGCAUUCAUGGCUGCCGCUACCGCUGCCUGUCACCCUGACCCUGAUGCUCAAGCAAAGGUUUUGCUUCUCUGUUCAUCUGGUCAAAUGCUAGAGGAUGCCUCAUCGCUCCUGCACGGCGGUGGCCAACUCUCCUCUGAAGAUGUUCAGUUGCUUGUCAGGUUGUUGUGUCCUGAGGCCACCUGCAGCAGACAGCCACUUCGCCCAUUCCCACGUCCAGAGUACUUGUUUGCGCAUACACGAAUGUCCGAAAAGGUCCAUGCUGCAUUGAGCACAUAUGCUGCGAUGCCAAAUGGGGAACCCAUGUAUGAGCUGCAUACCAUCUGUGGCGUGAACAAUUGCGUGUCGGGCCCAGUUGGCACUGAUGCUAAGUGCUUUAGGUCUCAUGUCAAUUUCCUAGCGACUCCCAAAGGCACUCCAUUUUCUACCUACAGCAAUCCGGUGCUUUUCUUUGCGGAGGUUAGCAAUGAUAACAAAGCCGAAGCUGGAACACAAUCCUUCUGCUGCCUCGUGUCAGUGCCGUUACCAUGCGCUGAACGAGUACGGUGUCUUUACUGUGAUGACACGGGGAUUAAGAUCGUGCAUCCUAUUGGGGUAGACUUCCAUGGGCGGAAGUUGGAAUUUGAGAAGAUGGUUUGUGGAGAAGACCCCUGCAAUGACGAUUUCGAUCCUGAAUCGAUGCAGCCAUAUUACACCAACAUGAGCAUCAUUGAGCAUAGCAGCCUCACAACGGACAGGGUUAAUGGUCGGGUGGAAGAGGAUCGCCUUUACAGUGAUGAAUAUGAUAGUGAUGAUCUAUCUUUGAUGAGCGAUGAGUAUGAUAGUGAUUUGUGUUCCAUGACUGAUGAGUUUGCCUAAUUGGGAUUGCAAAUGUUGACGCGGAUGAUUGGAGGAACGAGAUUGUUGCAUAUCUGAAGAACCUAUCUGUUGACGAAAAACACGAGGCCUGGGAGAUCUGCUUAACUCAGUGCAGGUUCAAAGCUCGUCUUCGGGCGUGUUAGCAUACCAGUUGAUUUGAUCCUGCAAUCAACAAGAAAUAGAUACAAAGAAACCACGGUUAAAUUUAUAAACGAUAGCCAAUCGGCUAAGUGCCGAUGACAUUUCAUUUAUCUUUGAGCUGAUGUCAUAUGUAAAUCGAUCGGCAGUUGUAAAUAGACGAUAAAGAACUAAAUCUACUUGAUCGGCUGUA